CUAUGUUUGAGUUUUUGCGCGAGUAAAUUUUUCGACGAUAAAUAUUUCUUUUGGCUUCGUUUAUCAGACAUUGACCAUAAUGGCAAGCCAGAGAAAGGAAGACGUUUCAGGCCACGUUGAGAAGGACAGUGACUUAACACGACAUACUACUUCAGUCCAGACACAAAACCUUACAGAGACAGAUGCAGUGUUCAGAAGUGCUUUCAGCCUCAAUCCUGCUGAGGAAUACAACAUGAACCACAAGAACCGAGGCCUAGCACUCAUAUUCAACCAGGAGCGCUUCUACUGGCAGCUAAUGUUGAACAGUCGUUCUGGGACGGCCGCAGACAAAGAAAAUCUUAAAAAGAGGUUUAUAGGCUUGGGAUUUGAUGUGAAAGUUUAUGAUGAUUACAAUAAAGAUGAAAUUCUGAAAAUAAUCACUGAAGCUGCAGGUCGUAAUCACAUGGAUGCAGACUGCUUUGUCUGCAUUUUCUUGAGCCACGGUGAAAAUGGCCAUGUCUAUGCCUAUGAUGCAGAGAUUCACAUCCAGGAUAUCACGGCACUUUUCAGAGGAGACAAGUGUCCAAGCCUCGUAGGAAAACCCAAAAUAUUCAUCUUACAGGCGUGUCGUGGGGACAAACACGAUGACCCGGUCACUCCAAUGGAUGUGGUGGAUAAUAAUAGGAUCAAUAAGGUUGUUGUGGAUGCUGGGGUAGUGUACACACUGCCUGCGGGUGCUGACUUCAUCAUGUGCUAUUCUGUAGCUGAGGGAUUCUACUCACACAGGGAGACAGUGAAUGGUUCCUGGUACAUCCAGGAUCUGUGUGAGAUUUUGCAUCAUUACGGCUCUGCACUGGAGUUCACUGAGCUUCUGACGCUCGUCAAUCGCAAAGUGUCCCAACGCAGCGUGGGAAACUGCAGUGACCGCUCUGCCAUUGGCAAGAAACAGGUGCCCUGCUUUGCCUCCAUGCUGACCAAGAAACUUUACUUCAGACCCAAGAAAGGAAACUAGGUUUAGCCAGUCACUGAGACAGACACACAGACACACACUUGAACACACUCAAACACGCACCACACACAUAGUGUUCAUUUUAGUCUGUGCAGCUACAAUUGCUGUAUGUGCUUAUCAAGUGUAGAUAUUAUACACAUUAAACCACUUUACAAAAGUUUGGAAUCGCUGUUUUAGUAACAUAAAACCAAUCUGGUUGCAGACUGCAGAAAAUGCAUAAUAUGAUUCUGUUAGGGGUGAAAGAUUGUUUUUAUUAAUUGUUUUUCUGUCAAUCACAAAUUAAGAGUGCAGUUUCAAUAUUGUGAGGUACAUUACGAAUUGCAGCUUACAACAUAGAGCUGGUGAACUGCCUGUAGAUGAGUUGCACCAAUCAGAAGCAACCAAACACACUUGAUGCAUACAUUACAAGGCAGCCACUAUUAACUGGAUGUUGGGCACAGUACAUUUAGUGCUCAAGCCUGAAGGUAGAAAAAGAGGUUUUCGGUGUACUUGGUCAAAAAAAAGGCCUGGACCUUACUUAUAGAAAAUAACCUAUAUAUUGUGUUAUAGUACCAAAUUAGGAAAUAAUCCUAUAAUUAGAAAAUUACGGUGUAUCAAUAAUCACUUACCUUAUUCAUAUCUGAAACUACAAUUUUGCAUUUCUUUUGCUCCAUUCUGUCUUUCCUAUGCGCAAAUCUGAAGAAAUUCUUCAAAUCAAACACAACAUAUGGCUAAAAAAGGGAUAAAUUAAA